CCAUUUUAAUCCAAGACAACAGCAGUCGUUCGUACUCCUCAAAACUAAUGUGCGGCCUUCCUGAGUGUGCCUGCACUAGUGGACCGUUUCUACUCGUUAUUAACCAGAUCUUAACCGCGUGUUGGUCGAGGAGACCUGCAUACAGCGUGCGCUUCUUAGUACGGUCCAUGGUGUGACAUUUGUCCAACAUCGGAGGAGAGAGAAGGUGAAAGAUGACUCAGUUUCUUCCGCCAAACCUGCUGGCUCUCUUUGCGCCGCGGGAUCCCAUUCCAUUUCUGCCUCAACUGGAGAAGUUGCCUCACGAGAAACAUCACAACCAGCCUUACAGUGGCAUUGCUCCAUUCAUCAGGCACUUUGAGGACCCGAGAGAUGCUCCUCCACCAACAAGGGCAGAGACCCGUGACGAGCGGCUGGAGAGAAAGAGGCGAGAGAAAAUUGAGAGAAGGCAAGCAGUGGUGGAGACAGAACUCAAGCUUUGGGACCCACAUAAUGACCCUAAUGCACAAGGGGAUGCCUUCAAGACUUUGUUUGUUGCACGAGUGAACUAUGAUACCACAGAGUCCAAGCUUCGACGUGAGUUUGAGGUAUAUGGCCCCGUCAAACGGAUUUACAUAGUCUACAACAAGAGGACAGGGAAGCCUCGCGGCUAUGCAUUCAUUGAGUAUGAGCAUGAACGAGACAUGCACUCCGCCUACAAACAUGCAGAUGGGAAGAAGAUUGAUGGUAGAAGGGUGCUAGUGGACGUGGAACGAGGACGCACUGUCAAAGGAUGGCAUCCUCGCAGACUAGGUGGUGGUUUGGGUGGCACUAGGAGAGGUGGAGCUGAUGUCAACAUAAAGCACUCUGGCCGAGAUGAUGCAUCACGUUAUGACGAUCGCACCCUGGGGGGUGAUCGGGAACGUGUAGAUCGGCGGGAACGAAGCCGGGAGCGUGACAGGGAAAAGGAUAGAGACCGCCGGAGAUCUAGAUCACGGGAUCGCCGUCGUCGCACACGCUCUCGAGAGCGUGAAAGAGAGAGAGAAAGACCGACUGGAGGAGGAGGAGGAGGAGGAGGAGGAGAGGAUGCUAGCAGUGGUAGUCGGCGUCGAGAGCGAGAGAGGGAGCGUGGGGGGACAAUGGUAGGAGACAGCCGAAGCAGGGAGAGGAGUCGAGAACAGAAGAGAAGGAGCAGGAGCCGGGAUCGUAAGAGGGACAGGGAGAGAGGCAAGGGGCUGGAUGGGGAGGAGGUCAGCCAGGGAGAUGUUGCCCCUGAUGGUGAGGAGCGGAUGCUGGAGGAACAUGAAGGAGAAGUGGGUGAGGGCAUGGAGGAGCGUAGAGACCGAGAAAGGGACAGAGACCGAAGGCGUAGCCACAGGGACAAAGAGAGGCGCAGGGGAGAUCGGGACAGAGACAGGGAGCACAAAAGGGAGCGGGGUGAGAGAGAUAAAGGGGAUCGCAGGGAAGAACGGCAUGGAUCUCUGCGCGAUGGCAUGGGCCCGCAGGAUGACAUGGGCAUUGAGGAUGAGGGAGGAGCACCAUCUCACAUGGAGGACUACAGUCAGGAUGGGAUGAUUGACCAGCAGUCAGUGCCAUCUGCUGAUGGCUAUGGCUCCAGUGAGAAUGGCUACAAGAUGGAGGUACCAGGUGAUGAAUACUGAACUGGCCCCUCUCCCAGUAGACUACCACUCAUAAAUCAGUUUCCUACUAUCCUUUAAAUUGGCCCUCGAUUUCUGCCAAGGAUCAAAAAGCCUAAAAGAGGUCAGGGCUUCCUCAGUAUCACACAUUUAGCUAGCUGUCAAGAAUCUGUUGAAAUAUUCCAUUUGAUAUUGUUGCACACAGUUCAUGCAUAUACCUGAUUUGAUGUCACCAAAAGUUGCAGCUUUGUUGCAUUGACCAACUAAUCAGCCACUAAAUGUUAUCAGUGAUUACUACAAAUGAUUGAACUCAACAUGAUUAUUUUCUCCCAUGGUAAACUUUGAAAUUAUCUAUUCAUUUUGAGAUGGGUAGAUUGUUUUUUGUUUCCUUAUUCAUAAACCUGUUACAUUGUAUGAUAAAUUGGACACAGUUACCAGUUUCUGCUCAAUGUAUGUGAAGUUGAAGGAAAUGUGACUGUUCUUUUUUGUUUGUUCUUACUGGAAUAUCCCUGUCUCCUGUAUGUAUGUUAGUUUUGCAGGGUCAUUUUAAUAAAGUUGUGAUUGACA